AACAAAUAGGGUUGUCAACCUCUUCUGUUGUCAACAUAAAUAUCCACAUAAACAAUGAAUCGAAUUGAUUAAAAAUCACAACCAGGUUGUAAAAUUGAGUUUUAUCAAAGAAAGUAAAUUUAUUUCGAAAAAAUGUCACCUUUGACAACGUAAAAAUGUGAUGUCAGUAGUAAAAUACUUGUGUUGGUUAUACAGUAGGUUAUGUGGUGAAACAAAUUAGUCGUUAAAAACGUAUUUGCAAUAAUAAUUAAAUAGUUAUGAGCGAUUCUGAUGAUACGGAGGAGUUAUUGUUGAUGACACCACAUAUUGAGGACCAAAUCGAAGUAGUACCGUACUACGAUAUAGUAGACAAACUCAUCACCCAAGUAUCUAAAUUGAAAAGCAGAAUCACUAGUAUCGAAAAUUCAUCUGAUAUCAGUCUGGGAUCCGUGACCAAUUCAAUCGACGCCUUUCUCAACAUGCAGAGCAGCGAUUCUAACAAUGCUUGUAGGAGGUGCUACAGUUACGAAAGUUUACCACAAGGCUCUGACUAUCGAAGGAGCACUGUACCCCCAUGUUUCAGCACACAAAGUACUCCCCAGAAACCAAGAAGCAAACUGAUGCUGAAAUCCUUUCCCAACUCUCCCAAGUACGAUGAAGAGAUUAAACUGUUCAAGAAACCUUACAGGAUGGCACCUAAAUCUAAGAUCGUAGAGGGGGAUACGCUUGCCGAAAUAGGGAUAGAUAAACAACCUGUGAUGGAGGAAAAUAAUAUAAUUGAGGAGAUUGAUAAUUUCUUGUCUAACGUUGAGCCGGUUAAAUCAAACACAGCAAGAAGUUUGGAUUUUGCUGGUUGCGAAAAUUCACAUCCAAGUAAGACUGCAGUUGAUGUUCAUCAACUUUUGAAAGAAAUGGACAAACAAGAAGAGAAAAUCAAGAAUAUGUGUGAUAACAAGACCGGAACAAUUUCCUCGAAUUCUUCUGAAAAGAAUACAGGAUACCAAACACCCAUGGAAUGGAGGAAGGGCAUAGAAACGUUCAGUACAUCAUCGACAGAUUCUUCUUCUUUCACUGAUAAAUCUACAGUUCUAUACCAACCAACUGGUAAGAAAACUGAGUCAAUGACGAUAGCAGAAAACGAGAAAAAUCGAGAUCCACCGUUGUAUGGCUAUUUGAAUCAUGCUUUGAUAGAAAAUAACAUCGAAAGAAAAACAUCAAACAACAGUAAUUUGCACACUGAUCGUACGAUGACAGAAAAUUACAGCACAAGUAGCAAUUUCACGAAAAGGAGCAUUUCUUCCCCGCAAUGCGACAUCCAUUCCAACGCCAAAGAAACGCUGACUGUCCAUCAGAAAUUACUGGACCAGACGCACUCCCCAGAAUUCAGCAGUUUCCACGAUCCGACGAGAAAGUUGAUGAGACCAGUGAGCGAUCAGAGGCUCGGCAGCCUCAGUCUGAUCAACCUCUGGAAGAACGAGAAAAAAGAGGUCGAGACGAGCUCAGAUAAAUGCAUACAGAGGCUUCAAGAGGAAAAACUCAGGCGGACUCAUUGCGAAGAACUGAUCCAACAGCUGCAGAAUAAGAUACUUGAACAGCAAGAAAAACUUGCGGUUGCUAUUCAAGUGGACGAAGCCAAAGAUAACGCCAUUUUAAAGUUUCACGACGCUUGGGAAAAGGCCUCGGUGAAGUUUAAAAUGGUGGUUAGAGAGAGGGAUCAGUUGGAGAAGGAUGUCGAAAGACUGGCCAUCCAGAAUAAGAAGGUAGCCGAAGAGAGCGAGGAGAGAAUCGAAUUCCACAGGAACGAAACGAAACAAGCCCUGAACAUUGUGCACGAAUGUAAGACGAAACUGGAACAGUUGGACAAGAAGUUUGAGGAGUUGAGAGUAGAGAACGAAGCGUUGAAGUGCGCAAAUAGAGAAUUGGAAGAGAGGCUGUCCAGUGAGGGAGAGAAAAAUAAUCAGUUGUCUAAUAUAUUGGCUAACAAAGAGUUGGAAUUGAAUGAGUCGAAGAAUAUUCUAUUGCAUGCCAAAAAAGAGGUCUCCCAGUGCCAAGCAGCCGUCGAGAUGUGCCAAAAAGAUUUCUCAACUAUCAAAACUGAGUACGAUCUGAUACAGGAAGAGAUAAAGGCCGAAAGACAGAACGUAUCUCAGCUGCACGAGCAGAACAAAGUGUUGCACGAAGAACUGGAAGGGAGAAAAAAGAAAGAGGAAUCGCUGAUGGAAAAUCUAGCGGAACUUCAGGCUAAAUUGGACAGCAACAAGAAGGAGCUGAGGAACUUUUACCAGGGCCAGGUGGAACUCUUAGUACAGAACAAGCUCAAGGAGUUUCAGGCGCAGCUGGACGAAGCCGAACAGAAGAUGAAGGAACAGCUCGAGAAGAAGGAAUUGGAGAUCGCCAAGUCUGCAGCCUUGCACAUACAGCAGAUAAACGAUAAAUACACCCUGGAAAUAAACCUGAUCGAGCAGAAGCACCAGGAAGAGAUGCAGCUGAAACAGGUCAAGAUCGCGCAGUUGGAUCAGCGACUCUACGAGAUGCAAACCAACUACGAACGUCAGCAGGACAAGAAGUCGGACCUGCUGAAACAGCUGCAGAAGGUGAUGGAGGCCCAGUGGACCGAAGCGCUGCGUAUACUGAACAACGGAAGGAGUCCGGCGCCGCAAGAAGACAGUUCCAGCACGAUGGAUCAGCUGCAUUCGCUCCAAUCGAAGUCGUAUCAGAACAUGGAGGCGUUGCUGAGUCAGGAGUUCGAGGAUAAGUCCAGAAAUCAGCAUUACGUUCACAACGGGAAGGAAGGUUAUCAUCAGAAUCAACAGUCGGACAAGAGGAACCACCACAGGAAGGAGGGUCACGGACAGAGGAGUUCGGUGGCAUCGAGAAGUAGGGGUGGUAGGCAGCAGGAUGAUGGACAUCUUCAGAGAUACAUCAAUUUGCUACUUCACAAACAGCCUGGCAACCCCGCGGAAAGCAAGGAGAAACAGAGUCCUCAGAAAUACCACAGCGAACAGCCCACAACAGACGCUUCAAUGUGGCAAUCGGCAACGGGAUCGACGCAAUAUGUUCCGGAUCUACUCGAGAAUCAGAACCAGAAGGAAAUCAACAGGAGAAAAACGUCGUGGAAAUGAAAUCCGUCGUAGUUUUGUAAACUUUUAUUAAAUUAUUCAAUGCGA